GACGAAGUUACCUGUGUCAUCGAUGUAGUUUCAGUUAGAAAUCAAUUCUUUAAGACACACGAUAAAAAUAGUCACAAUUUAACUUUACCUUCAAAAAUUUGCAAACUACAGAUAAAAGAUCACGUCAGUGAUUGGUGUGGUGACUAUUUAUUUGUACUGUUAAUAAUAUUGUGCAAGUCUAGUAAUACCUGUGUAAGCAAACUUCUUGUCAAAGUGUUCAUCAACUAGAUGCCACCGUUCAAGUAACAAAGUGCCGAGUACUUACCUUAUCUCCUCUCGUUAAAGUCUACAAUGGAUUGUUCAUCAAGAUUUACUUUGGCAUCAUCUUCGUUCUGUGGUCUGUGAACGUGUCGGUACCUGUGAAGGUAUCGCGAGUAUAUAGUCCGUAGUUAUCAUUCGCGUUAUCGUGUUAUCAAACUGCACUGUAGGUCGUCGCCAAUUAUGUCGUGAUUUAUAUAGUUUUAAAUUAUUAAUUCAACACAAUGGAGUUAGAAGACAUCGUGGAAAAUCAAAAUCUACUGAAGAAAGGCAGAAAAAUAAAGAAACUACCGUAUCCAAAGGCUGUGGGAUUUAUAGUCACAAAUGAGUUCUGCGAAAGAUUUUCAUACUAUGGAAUGCGAACAAUCCUGUCGCUGUACCUGCGAGACAAGCUGGGAUACAGCGACAAUGGGGCCACAGUCAUCUACCACGUGUUCACUAUGUUCGCGUACUUCUUUCCCCUCAUUGGCGCCAUGAUAGCCGACGGCUGGCUGGGGAGAUUUAGGACUAUAUUAUAUUUAUCGUUAGUAUAUGCAGCUGGAAGCACGUUGAUAUCAAUCAGUGCAAUGCCACAACUAAACCUGCCUACCAUGGAAUUUACCAUCGUAGCUCUUCUCCUAAUAGCCUUCGGUACAGGAGGCAUUAAACCCUGCGUCUCCGCUUUCGGUGGAGACCAGUUCAAGUUGCCAGAACAAGAGAGAUACUUGGGCUACUUCUUCUCUCUCUUUUACUUCGCCAUUAAUGCUGGCAGUCUCAUCUCAACCUUCUUGACUCCCAUCUUAAGAGCUGACGUCCACUGCUUUGGAGACAACGACUGUUAUUCACUUGCCUUCGGUGUUCCAGGGAUACUCAUGGUCGUUUCUAUUGUUUUCUUCGUGGCCGGUAAGAGGCUCUACAUAAUAAAGAAGCCCGCAGGAAAUGUGCUCGGAAAAGUCUCCACUUGCAUCGGCCAUGCAGUAGUAAAGUCGUGUAAGAGUAAAGAGAAACGCGAGCACUGGCUAGACCACGCUGAUGACAAAUAUGACUCCAACUUAAUAGAAGAUGUGAAGGCACUACUCCGAGUGUUAGUGCUCUUCAUACCACUGCCAGUCUUCUGGGCACUGUUUGAUCAACAGGGUUCCAGAUGGACCUUCCAGGCAGACAGAAUGGAACAAGACAUUGGUUCCUGGACUCUAAAAGCUGAUCAAAUGCAAGUGCUUAACCCUCUGCUCAUUUUAAUAUUUAUUCCUAUUUUUGAAGUGGCUAUCUAUCCUUUCCUGACGUGGUGUAAGCUCGUAAGGAAACCUCUACACAAAAUGAUUUGGGGCGGCAUCCUAGCCGCAUGUGCCUUUAUAAUCUCUGGCAUCGUUGAACUUAAUUUACUGCCGACAUACGGUACACCGGUCUCAGAAGGUUUGGCCCAGUUGAGGGUGUACAACGGAUAUAAUUGCAACUUCACUCUUAACACUGCAAACCUCAAUACACUCGAAGACAACGCAACCAGGAACUUUGAAAUCGGCCCUCUCUCGGCGUACGAGAAUCUACAUAUAUUCGCUGAUGACUUUGUGGACCUCCCUUAUUAUUUACAAGGAGAACCUGCCACAGAGUGCGCGGGUAUAGCAUUUAGUGGAUACUUUAACCUAAAGGAGAAAACUGCAAAUUCGUUUUUUAUUAAAAAAGACGGACUAUACAAUUUCACUGACAAUAACGAUAAAGCAAUCGAUGGAGUAAAUGUUAGAUUUUUGGCAAACCUGAACAGCGUCGUAGAUAUAAGUAUAGAAAGUGAUAAGAAGAAUAAAUCGUUACUAAGUAUUCAGAGUAACAAUACGUCGCAGAAGUCGAUUGCUAAAGGCGUGAGCAACGUUACUGUAGGAGGAUUUGUUGUUCUAAGCGACUUCAACUUUAAAUCUGGAGCUGUUUACACCAUAAAUGUCUACGAAGACAGUGCUGGAGUAUACAAAGCAAACGCGGUGAUGAUAACCCCAUCGAACAGCAUCCAUAUCCUUUGGCUGAUACCUCAGUAUGUGGUGAUGACGAUGGGAGAGGUGAUGUUCUCAGUCACCGGCCUCGAGUUCUCCUUCACCCAGGCUCCAGCCAGCAUGAAAUCUGUGCUGCAAUCCGUCUGGCUACUCACUGUAGCCUUCGGAAACCUAAUUGUUGUGCUCAUCGUUGAAGGAAACUUUUUGGAUGCACAGUGGAAAGAAUUCUUCUUGUUCGCCGGCCUGAUGUUGAUAGACAUGCUCAUCUUCACAACGAUGGCAUUCAGAUACAAAUACAAGGAACUCAGUUCUAGCGACGAAAACCUUGCGAUUGAGGAAAUCAAGAUGCCAGAGAAGACUUCACAAGACAAAUACGAAAAGAACUAAUUGUUACAUAAUUAUUACUAUUAAACACUAAGUAAUUAAAGUUUUUAUUAUUAUUGAUUA